AACAGAGAGCAUACUAGCCAAUGCCCGCUUGAGUUACUACGAUUCCCACAAAAGAUCAUUUCUGCAGUCAGUCGAGACGGCUUUCCCCCUCACCCUGUCUACCCACACCCGGGCAUGCACGCCCUUCCUCCCCCGCCUCCCCACCAUCUGCACGAGGAUGCUUGGCACCAUCACCCGCCCCAACCUCACCCCGGAGGGCGAGGGGGAAGAUUCGAGGUACUCACCUCUCUCUUUUCUGCGCGCGUCGCCGUA